ACGUUUUGGUCGCGUCGCAUACAGUUCUAUCACGUUCCGUGUGUCUGCUGCAGUGCAUCCAUCGUCCAAGUCCAAGAACUACACUUACAGGCGUGUGCGCGCGUGUAUGUGUGUUUCGCUGUUUGUUUCACUGUAGGUGUGUGCGUGUGUGAGCUAUUCAAAUUCUCGCAUUCGAUUGGACUAGCAAUUAACAUUGCCCACGGAAAUCGUGAACAAUUCGCCACGCAUUUGAGCCGCUUCCGCUAGCGUCGCUCAUCUCCUAACUGAAGGUUCCCUUAUCAUUGCUACCGUUGCCAUUGUAUUUGCCGUCGCCAUGAAGCGUUCGCGUUUGCCGCUCAUUGCCAGCGUUUGCCUGAUCCUAGUGUUGAUGUCAUCCUGUCUGCUUGGCAGCGCCGAUGCCAAGAAGAAGAAGUAUGUUGGCGAAACUGGCGGCGAUUUCGAGUUUAUCGAUGAGAUAAACAAAAACUCGCAGAACAAUAAAAACCUGGGAGAUCGCAAGCGCUGGAUACAUGAUCCAUCAAGUGACCUUUGCCGCCCGCUCAACUGUAAGAAACGCGAGAUUUGCCUGCUGGAGGACGAGUUCAGUGCUGUCUGCGUGUCGAAGAAGGAGCUGCACAAGAAUCGCGAUGAGAUAAUCACUAAGGCCAAAUAUUUGGAGGAUGAAGCCAAGCGGCGUGUCAAUCAGCAGGAUAACGAUAGCCAGGAUGUCGAGGACAUCAACAACGACGAUGAGGAUAACAGUAGCGACGGCGACAACAACAGCAACAGCAACAACAACAACAAUAAGAACAACAACAACAUCCCAGCAAACAACCAGGGCAAUGAGGACAACAACGACGAUGAAGAUAAAAGCCUGAGCCUAGGCGACGAUGAUGAGUCCAAGGAGGACGACGUCUUCUACGAGAACAACAUUGCCGCCAGCGAUAAGCAGCAGCUGCUCCCGAAACCAGCAGCCGUCCAGCAGGACGACGACGAGGAGUUGGACAAUUGCAAGCCGUGUCCCGUGGCCAAGCCAAUGUUCCUUUGCGGCGCCGACAACAGGACCUACUCAUCACUAUGCAGAUUGGAUUAUCACAAUUGCAUACACUCGACAGCCAUACGGAUCGGCUGCAAGGGAUUCUGUCCUUGCAAGGAAAACACCGAUGGCAAGAGACUGCAGCGGCUUGGCGAACGUGGUGGCUACAAUAAAUACAGCAAAAAGAUCAGCCUGGACCAGCAGCAGCAACAGCAGCAGCAACAGCAACAGCAACAGCAGCAGGCCUACAAGGACAGCAAUAACAACAACAUCAUGAUGAGCAGCGGGAAUGUUAUGGGCAGCAACAACAACGACUUCAAUACCAUCAUGAAUGAUAAGGAGGACAACAAUCGUCACUUUAAUCAUAUCAAUGCGCAGUACACGUUCACGCCCGAAGAGAUCAAGUAUGACAACAAGCACUACAAGUACCUCAAGUACACGGCUUACAAGAAGGAUGCCAAAUACCAGGAGGAUAAGCACAAGAUGCGUGUCUACAAUGAGAAUGAAGUCAUUGAAAAGCAGCCACAAAAGUUCAACAAAAACAAUCCAAAUGGCUAUCCCCUGAAGUCGGCCGAGUGCAAGCCACAGCAGCUGACUGCCAUUGGCAAUCGUCUGCUGGACUGGUUCUCGGUGAUCAUGGCCGACAGCAAGAAGCGUCGCCAGCACAGCCAAAAGUCGAAGGCGCAUUUCCCACCUGCAUGCAAGACCGAGGCCAAGUGGAUGUUUGGGCACCUGGAUCUGAACAACGAUGGGUUGCUGUCGCUGCAGGAGCUGUACGAUCUGGAGCACGAUCAGAACGAGCGCUGCAUCAAGCCAUUCAUCGACACCUGCGACCUGGAUCAGGAUAGCUCGAUUAACACACGCGAAUGGUGCCGCUGCUUCGAGAAGACCGAUCGCCCCUGUGCCGCGGUGCGACGAAGAAUUGCCGGCGACUUUGCAGGUGAGAUAGGCGCCUACGCACCUGACUGCGACGUCCAAGGAUUCUACAAGCCCACUCAGUGCCACAACUCGGUCGGCGUCUGUUGGUGUGUGGACAAGCACGGCGUCGAGUUCGCCAACACCCGUACACGUGGCAAGCCCAAUUGCGAGUCCGUGGUAAAUAACGCCGCCUCGCUAACAUCCGAUGACGAGGACGAGGGCGCCGACGACGAGGACAGCGUGGAGGGCAGCGCCGAUCAAAUGCUGGUCUUCUAAGCGCCGCGGCCAGGCAACGUAUUGGCUUAUAUGUAGUAUUGAUGUCCAUGGGCAAUAACUGCCCCGAGUCGUCGAAUCCAAUCAGCGAGCAUUACUGCGUAAACUUGAAAAAAAAAAAAAAUUAAAAUUAUUAUAAUGACUACAAAUAAAAACCAAAAUUAUAAUAAAAGAAAAAGCAAAUAACAAAAACCAAAAUUGAAACGCAAAUGUUGAACGCGUAAACCAAAAAAAAACAAAUAAGAAAAAGUAAAAAGAAAAACAAUACAUAAAUGUGCAGUAGCCAAGUAAGAGUUUUCAAAUAGAACUACAAAUACUUAUAGCAGCGUAUACUUAGCAGCAAAUUCAACACUCGCAAGACAAAUGUUUGAAUGGCAAAAACAAAUACCCAAAAUAAGUAAACAUACACCAAGACACCAAAACAAAUGAAAGUUUUGAAACAACUGAGCUCCAGUGUCAUCGUUUGAUUUGCUCACUGGUCGGGGAAAUUGUGGCAUAGUUCUGGGCGCAUUGCACGCAAAAUUGGCAUUAUAGAGAUGCUAUAAUUAGCUUAUACGUAUAAGGUUACCCAACACACAGCUAGCUAAAUGGCACAGCAAACACUUACACACAUACAGCCCCAACACACACACAUACACACACUCACACUAACUCGGUUAGGCAAAGUUUUGCGGUAAUUGAAUACCAUAGCUUCUGUUAUAGCACGCGAAUCCGUCUUUUAGCUUUUAAAGAGAUUUAUGUAUACAUUGAACACUUUCAUUGUCCUCUCUGCGUUUUCUUCUGUCCUAUCACAAAGCCAAGAAAAAAAAGAAAAAGAAAAUACGAAUAAAAUAAAAAAAAAAACACACGCUAAAAAUUCCGCCCAAUAAACAAACAUACAUUUAUGUGAUAGGUUUAAAAAAAAAAAAAAGAAAGUUAAAAGAAGGCAAAAAUAUAUGUGAAGAAUCUGGAAAUUUCCAAAAGCAGUUCAGUGCACAUAGCUAAAAAAAAUAUAUAUAUGAAAUGAACAUAGAAGUAUUAAAAAGUUCCGUUGCUUUUUUUACAUGCUAGCUGCAAUCGAUAAAUGCUGCGCACGAUAUCAUUUGACGAGCCCCGAACAUGCCCCUUGUAGCACUUGUAGACACACCAACACAACACAUGCAUACAUAUGUACCAAGCUUAAUUCGAAUAGAGAGAGAGAGAGGCCUGAGGAGCAGGCAUAAGAAGGGUAUAGAGCAGACGCUAGCCUGGACAAGUGUUGGCAUCUAUAGAGAAUCCUGGCCAUAUCUGGGAAGUAAUGUAGGGAAUGCUUUGAAAGAAUAGUUAUACAGCAAUGUCUGACUCUCAUUUAGCGAUUGUCAGAUGAAAACACACACACACACAGACACACAAUACAGACAGACAAAUCUAAAUGGAACAUUAAGCAACAUUUUGCAUUUGGGCAAUGGAAUGCCAAUAGAGAAAUGAAGAAGAAUUUGAAAUAACAUUUUACUGAAUACACUUAACUUGCAACCAGGCACACCGCAAUGAGAUCUACAAAUUUCCACAUAAAUCAUAUUAAACUAAUAUACGAUAAAACCAUAAGAGAUAAAAAAAAAUGCUUAUGCAUGCGUGCAAAUUUAUAUAUAUAUAUACAUUUAUAUGUAUGUAAACCAUAUAUAUGUAUAUUAAUGAAUAAUUAAAGAAUAUGUUUAAAUGUAUGUAAGUAUAUAAGUGGCAGCAACAUACUCAAUUAACUGGCAGCAAAUCAGAUUCCACAGGCAUUAAUUAAAGUAGUGCAUUCAUUUACAAUUUAAUUAAAUACCGAUUUGAAUUGUUGCUUUUCUAUUAUAAAUGUUUAUUUACUUUUCGUUUAUGUCUUUGGCAGCGUAAAAGACAAGGCUUGCCACAUAAUAGCAAAAAGCAAAGCGUAAAAGUAGAGCAAAGAGUUACGAAAAUAAACAUUGGAUUUAAAUAACUUUAUAUUAUAGCAAAAAUUUAUAACACAAAACUAAUAAAAAAAAAAUAAUUAAUAAUAAAAAAAGUAUAUAUAUAUAUUAAAUAUAUAUUAUAUAAAUUUGAGAAAACGUGUAGAAAUUGUGUUUUUGGCUGCAUUUAAAAUAGAAAUUGACGCCUCUAUAAACUGACUAUAUACUACGAUCACGAUUGUAUUUAUGUAUGUAUUUAUGUACGUGUGUAUUAAGCGAAUUGCAUUAAUUCUAGUGAGCCAAAAGUAAAUUAUAUCCAACAACAACAAUAAGAAAUGAGCAACUGCUAAAUGUUAUCAACUUAAUUCAAUCAAUUAAUUCAAUUAAUUCAAUUAAUUUCACUUUAAAUUCGUUCAAUACAUUUUCCGGCUUAUAAUGUUGCUACAAAAAGAAUUUAUGCAAUAAAUAGUACGAAAUUAUUUAAAUCAUAUUAUCAAUUCAAUAAAAAUAAAAACAAAUACGCA